CCGCACAUCAGUUGUCGCACAAGGACCUUUCACAAACUGAAAUGUACAAGUGUGAACUGUGCCCUUAUGAAGCUAAAUAUAAGGUUGGUCUAAAGAGGCAUCAGAUAAUACACAAAGAUUCUUCUGAAACUGAAAUAUACAAGUGUGACACAUGCACUUAUGAGACUAAACAUAAGAGUUAUAUAAAGGUGCAUCAGUUACAACACAAAGACCCUUCCGAAAUCAAAAUGUACAAAUGUGAUCAAUGUACUUAUGAAGCUAAACGUAGGAGUCUUUUGAAAGUGCACCAGUUAUCGCACAAAGAUCCUUCAAAAACCAAAAUAUAUAAAUGUGGAUUGUGUUCUUAUGAAACCAAUUAUAGAAGUAGUUUCAGGAGGCAUCAGUUGGCACUGAAACAUUCUUCAGAUAUCCAAAUGUUCAAGUGUGAUAUUUGUAGUCAUGAAUGUAAAUGUAAGAGCGAUCUCAGAGUGCAUCAGUUAAAGCACAAAAACCAUUCAGAAGUCCAAAUGUAUAAAUGUCACACUUGUACCUAUAAAACUAAACAUAAGUAUGGUCUAAAGAGACAUCAGUUAAUACACAAAAAUUCUUCAGAAAUCCACAUGUACAAAUGUGCUACAUGUGCCUAUGAAACUAAACAUAAGAGUGACCUGAUAGUGCAUCAGUUGUCACACAAAGAUCCUUCGGAAAUCAUAAUGUAUAAGUGUAAUGCUUGUACUUAUGAAACCAAACGUAAAUGUCAUCUGAGAGCGCACCAGUUAUCGCACAAGGAACCUUCGGAACUCCAAAUGUACAAGUGUGAUACUUGUAGUUAUGAAACCAGGUAUAAGAGAUGUCUAAAAAGUCAUCAGUUAGUGCACACAGACCCUUCAGAGAUCCAGAUGUACAAAUGUGACACUUGUAGUUAUGAAACCAAGAAUAACAGAUAUCUAAAAAUGCAUCAGCUACGGCAUAAAGACCCUUCAGAAAUCAAAGUAUACAAGUGUGAUGAAUGUACUUAUGAAACCAAAUAUAAGAGUGCUCUAAAAUCUCAUCAAUUAUCACACAAACGUUCUUCGCUAGUACAAGUGUAAUGCUUGUAGUUAUGGAAAUAAAUGUAAGUCGUCUCUGAGCGCAUCAGUUAUUGCACAGUUUUAAGAAAUCGGAAUGUACAUAUGUGAUACUUGUAGUCAUGAAACCAAGUAUACCAGAUAUUUAACACAUAAAGGCCAUUUGGAAAUCCAUAUGAUACUUGUAGUUAUGAAAACGAAAAUAAGAGAUAUUUAAAAAUCCAUCGGUUAUCACACAAAGCUGCAGAAGUUCAAUAAAUGUGUAUAAACCUAAGUAUAAAGUAUCAGUUAUUGCACAGCCCCUACAGAAACUCGAAUGUACAAAUGAGUAAUUUGUAGUUAUGAAAUCAAGCAAGAGAGAUAUCUAAAAAUACAUCAGCUAAUGCUCAAAGAUACUUUGGAUACCCAAAUGAACAAAUGGGAUGAUGCAUGUGGUUAUGAAACUAGGUAUAAUGAAAGUGUAAAGUCACAAAGACAGAAAUGUAAAUGUACAAGUGAUAAAUGUAGUUUUAAAACUAACAGUAAAAAAAAUCAUCAGGUAACACAUGAGAAUCCUUCCGCAGAAAGUGAAAGUGUGACUUUGAAAAUUGUUCGUCAGUACGUAAACUUUCUUCAGAAAUCUGAUUAUUCAAAUAUAGUGAACGUGUUUUUGAAACUAAACAGAAUUUAAGAAACAAGGUACAGAAAUGGUCUAAAUAACAGUGUUUGACAACAUAAUUAGUAAGAUUGAAGAACAAAAUUCAUUCAAGUUAGGUCCAGGAGACUGAAAAUCUAACGAUUAAAUCUUUCGCUGUCAAAGUUGAUAAUUCAUAAUAAAUUACUGAAGUUGA